UAUCAACGAGCUUAACCUUUGGGCUUAAGCUAGUACCAGUUGUGAAGACUUCGGUUGACUUGAAAGGUGAACAGAGUGAAUCAUAACCAAGGCAAAAGGUUAAAGUCUACUUAAAAAUAUAAACGGAGUCCAUCUUUAGGAGCUAUACUUGUAAAUAAAGGUCAAGUUGCUUUUACAAGUUAGCUUUGAUUUACUAUAAUAAUUAUAAUUUUCAGGAUUUCAGAUUUCUAUAGUUGUUUCCUUAAAGUUUUACUAACUUGUUUUCUUUGUACGUGUCAAAGACGAUAAGUACUGCAUCAUUGCGCCAAUUUCUUACUCUUUUCCGUUCAAAUUCGUUUCAUCCAGCGUCUGCUUAUAAAUUCGUUCUUCUUGCUUUCGGUCUAUACUUGGAAGCCUAAAUAGCAAGAGAUAAUGUUUUCACUGUUGAAAGAGCUGCCUUCCAUCUCCACCCUCUUGUCCAUCUAUGCAUCCGUCUCCGCCAUGGCCAUGCUAAUUCGUACAAUAUGUAACGAAGUGAUCCCCAAACCAAUGCGAAACUACAUUUCCUCUAAAGUCUUCGACUUAGCCUCACGUUGCCUUUCCUCUGAUUUCACCUUCAUUAUUGAGGAACGUUGGCAAGCUGUUAAUAACGAAACAUUUCGUGCUGUCGAAGCCUAUCUGCCUACCAGGAUCGGCCCCUCAACGGAUAGUCUCUUGAUUGGGUCCAACGAACCCCUGAACCCCAGAGCACCACCCAAACAAAGCAUUCCCGUCGAUUGCAAGAUCAUCGAUGAAUUCCAGGGCAUGCGCUUGGAAUGGACCCUUCGUUCUACUGACACCAAAAAAUACUUCCCCCGCGAGAAAAGAUAUUUCCGUUUGGCUUGCAAGAAAGGUGAUAGAGAUAGAGUAAUGCAAAGCUACUUCCCUCAAAUUGCGAGAAAAGCAGAAUCCAUCUUGAGGGAGCGUGAGACCCUCAACAUCUAUACCUACGAUCAAGAAUCUUCCAUGUGGGAAUCCACAGUUUUCAAGCACCCUGCAACCUUUGAGACUCUAGCUAUGGAGCCAGAACUGAAGCAGUUGGUAAAGGAAGAUCUUGACUCAUUCGUUGCAAGAAAGGAUUUCUUUGAGGGAGUUGGCAGGGCUUGGAAACGAGGGUACCUUCUUUACGGUCCACCAGGGACAGGGAAAUCUUCAUUGGUCGCUGCAAUUGCAAACUACUUGAGAUACAAUAUAUACGACCUUCAAGUCCAAAGUGCUCGAAGUGACGCUGACUUGAGGCAUAUCCUCACAUCUACCACAAACCGGUCUAUUCUCCUUAUUGAGGACAUCGACUGUGGCACAAAAGUGUCUCGUGAUCGUGCCAAGGUUCAAGAUGAUCAACAAGAUAAGGAGGAUGAGCAACCGAAUCGCAUUUCUUCUAGUGAUCCUGGGGUAACGCUGUCAGGAUUACUCAACUUCCUUGAUGGCUUAUGGUCGAGCUGUGGGGAUGAGAGGAUCAUCAUCGUCACCACAAAUCAUAAAGAGAAGUUGGAUCCAGCUCUGUUGCGCCCUGGACGAAUGGAUGUCCAUAUUCACAUGGGCUAUUGCACUCCUGCUGCGUUUAGAAAGCUUGCAGCCACAUAUCUUGGAAUCAAACACCGUUCUUCCUUUGUUACCAUCGAAAAUCUUUUGCAAAGCACGACAGUCACUCCAGCAGAAGUAGCACAGCAGCUCAUGAAACGCGACGAGCCUGAAGCUGUACUUGAGAGUUUUAUUCACUUCCUUGAGGCGAAAAGGAAUGAAAAUGGGGAAUCUGGAGCUCAAACUCAGAAACAAGAUGGAAAAAAUGGCUGAAGAUAAACUCUUACCUUUCGUCUAAUAUCAAUGGCCCUCCUUCUAUUGGUAUCCAAUAAUGUAAAAGUAAAUUUCCGCUUCAGUCUGUGUGAUUAUUGAAUUCCUGACGAUACCUUGCUUUUGGUUCAGUUGUACCUGAAGAUUUGUAAUAAUAAUAGAAUUACUUGAGAGUUGAGACAUGUUAAAACAAGGAUGGCCUCAGUCUAGGCCCAGCCCAAACAAAAAAUGUACUUGUGUUCAAACUCCAA